ACACUGUUUACUAAGAGAAAAUCUUUAAGGCAACACAAUAGACACCUUCAAUUUUUGUAAAUAUCCAGAGCCUAGGUUGGGUGCGUGCGCAACAUGGGGUCAGAAAAAUGGUGCAGCUAAUAGACCGGCAUGUUGAGCUGUCAAGGUAUGCACUGUCAUUGUUACCCAAGGGCUGCGAACCAUACCUUAAUAAAUUAGUCUUAGCCAUAUAUGUUUUGCUAACGAAUCUCUGGCCACUUGCUAACGUCGUCUACCCAUUUUGUUAUGAGUUCAGGAUUAGGCAGACAAUUGCCAUCAGCUAUCUGGUUGACAAGCCCAGCGUGUAUACAUACACAUGGCAUGAACCGUGAAGGGGUCUAUACAGGUGAACAAGGUGUAAAUGCCAUGUUGAGGAAAGUGGCAGUGGCAGCUGCCUCUAAGCCCCAUGUGGAAAUCCGCCAGAAUGGAGAACAGUUCUACAUAAAGACCUCUACAACUGUCCGCACAACAGAAAUCAACUUCCACAUUGGAGAAGAGUUUGAUGAGGAGACUGUUGAUGGGAGAAAAUGUAAGAGCUUGGCCACUUGGGAGUCGGAAAAUAAGAUAUACUGCAAGCAGACACUUGUGGAUGGAGAUGGCCCAAAAACAUUUUGGUCAAGAGAACUUCAAGGAGAUGAACUUAUACUGAUAUUUGGUGCAGACAACGUGUUGUGCACACGGAUUUACAUGCGAGAAUAGAAGCAAUCUGAAGUUGACAAGAACAGUUUCCCAGUUUCAUCUAACCUAGCUACAUGGACAACAGUUGACAACGCAAGGCUCACGCAUGUCUUGAGGCGCCCUCUCAUAGUCUACGCAAGCUACGUGGUCGAUGUGACCCCACUAGAGACGAAUGACAUGACACUCACACUCAAUGUGUCGCAUUACAAAAAAUUGGACAACACAUUUGCUAUGCAAGUAUGCGUCAAACCCUCCUUGCGUAGCUCGAUGUGUUUGCAUAGCUUGCAUAGAGUAUGAAAUGGCCCUUACAGUUCCUUUCUCCAGACUCAACAUCAAUAUGCCGCUUAUGCAUGUGGGAUGUCUGCACUACUACUCCAGCGCAUUCGGUUACUGCAUCUCUCCCAAUGGCUUAUUUGUGGUGACGCUAUAACAUGAAACUUGUAAAACUUUUGUUUUACAAGUAGGCCUACUGUGAUUUUGUAUCAGUAACAUGUCCUCUCAACAUUCAGUCUGCUAUCCUUUUACUGUUAUUCUCAGAAAUUAGUGUUCUCUUGGUAUUGCAAACAUGAAAAAAUGAAUAAAAAAAAC